AACCCAGAUAUCGAUCAUGGAAGCUGAUCAGCCAGCACAGGAUUAACAGGAGGAGUUUUCUUUUGGAUUACAGAGCAGAUCUUUGAUUCCAGGAGCAGAGAUGCAGUGUGUGAGGAGUCUCGCUCUGCUCCUCCUGCUCGUGGUGAAGGUGCACGGUGACUUUGUGGAGCCUCCUCAGUCCCACACCUCCAUGCGCUCGCUGGCAGAGAGUCAGACCAGGCUUCCCUGCCGCUACCAGCCGGUGGAGGGGGAGAAGGUGGUGCAGGUCACCUGGUACAAGGAGCUCGCGGACGGCAGCAAGGACCAGAUCAUCACGGCCCACUUCUCUGAGGGCCACACAGGGUUCGGGCGUUACUCUGGUCGGGUGAAGUUCGAGAGCAGCAGCCCCACAGAGAACUCGGCUCUGCUCAUCCCCAGCACAGAGGAGUCAGAUGAGGGAAUCUACAUCUGCCACAUCUCCACCUCCACUCACAGACACUUUGAGAGGCACAUCACUGUCACCGUCUUGAUUUUACCCAUCUCCACCCUGGACCCUGUCAUCCUGAAGGAGGGGGAUUCUUACCGUUUGGCAGCAACUUGCCGAGCGGUGGGUCGCCCGCCCCCCCGUCUCUCCUGGGACUCCGACCUGCCGGGCCACUCCAAGAAAGACAUUCGCCAGGGCGGCUCCGUGUACAGCUACUUCUUUCUGCACCCGCUGCGCAGCAUGAACGGCAAAAAGCUGGACUGCUUGGUGUGGCACCCGGGUCUGAACGGGUCCCACAGGAUCUCAAACCUCCUGGAAGUUCAAUACCCCCCAGAUGCCACCAUCACCAGUGUCUCAGGAGACUGGUUUGUGGGUUUGGAGAACGCUGAGCUGGUGUGUGACAGCGGAGGAAACCCCAAACCUCAGGACUUCACCUGGACACGGAGGGGAGGAGCUCUGCCAGAUGGCGUGUCCCUGGUUGGAGGAAAACUCAUUUUCGGGCGGACCCUCCGCUUGAAUGACAGCGGGGUCUACGAGUGUGUGGCCAAGAACAUUGCAGGAGUCGGAAAAGCAGAGUAUUCAGUGACAAUAGCAGAGUUUUCUCAGAGUAAGGGCUUCACCAAUGACCAGAACCUCCUCCUGAUCGUCCCCGGGUCCUUGGCCGCCGCUGCCGUGGUCUUGGUCCUGAUCAUUGCUGUCCUGUACCAUCCCCACAGAAACAGAAAGCUUGAGAGGCAGCUCAAUAAGAAAACGAGCCGGAUCCCUGUGAACGUUAACGUCAUAGUGCAGGUAAAAAAUUCUAAGAGAAAACAAUAA